GGACGCAGAAUGGCGACCGUUCCGUGCUCCAAAUGCACGGCAGAAAGGAAAGGGUUUCGGCGGGAACUUGAUUCUUGGCGACACACACUGAUACACUGCGUUGGGUUUGAAAGCAUACUGGAGGGAAUCUAUGGCUCACUGCUACUGAGAGACCUCAAUUUAUUUGAUGACUGUGAAAACGAAGAGGUGGAUGACUGGUCCCCAGAAGCAACCUGCUCUAGCUGUUCAUUCUGCAACCUUCCCCUGGACAAACUCUGUGAUCAAGUUCCUGCAGCCACAUCGCCCCUCUCCUCCCCCUCUGAUUACUCUCCCUGUCAAGCUCCAACCAUCUCUGAGAGCAGCCAAACAGCGCACAGGUUCCUCCAAGCUGUGUUCCACAAAAAAGAUGUGCCCCUGGGCUGUGAUUCCAACAUCCCUCUGAUUGCCCAGGAGCUGAUGAAGAAGAUGAUACAUCAGUUCGCUAUGGAGUAUGCGUCAAAGUGCCUACUCCACACCAGUACAAAUGGUGUUACAACAAGGACCUCAUCACCUUUGUCGGAAACAUCAGAUGCCCCUCUAGACCUCACAGUGAGCCGCACCCAAGAGGAGAAAGAGAAGGAACCUGAAACAGAUGGCGUGCUCGACCUCUCCAACAGGCCCUCUGUCUGCUCAGCAACUUCGGCAUCAUCAUCCUCACCUAAUCACAAAGCCUCAGGCUGCCUGCUGCCAUCAUAUAUAGAAGAAUUGGGAGAUCUGGGACAGCGAGAGAAGACGUGUCAUCAGAAAUCUGCAUUGGAUGCUGUUUUCAGUUCGCUCUGCCCAGCACAUCGUUCCUUACUCUACCAGAUCCUGAAGCUGGCACACCAGGAGAAAUUGCCGCCUUUCUUUAACUGCAGACCUGUGGGUCAAACUGAAUCUCACUUCUGUAACUGUGGUGUAAACCCACAGGAUAAAGUUUCCCCUCUUGCAGUCCCAUUUAGUGAAUGUAAAGCCCAUAACAACAGCUCAUACUACCCGUCAACUGAUUGUGAUCAUCAAGGUCAUGUCAACACAAUGUAUGAUCUGGGAGACUCCAAGUCCAGUUGUAGCAUCCAUCACUACCCUCUAAAAGACUGUAAAAGUGAAGCACCUCUGGCCUCAAGCUACUGCUGCGUGCAGAGGUGCAUGAUGGACACCUACACUGUUUUGUGCCCCAAGAGGCUGCACCGUAUUUCCUGCCCAGGCCUGGCUGUAGAUCGUAUCAACAACAUAAUGUGUUCAUUUGCAUCCACUCCUUCAUUAUCCAAAUCCCCUCCACUGUGCACUCCUUCUGCUAAUAUAGGCCCUUCCUCAUCGAUCUGCUGUAACCAUCACAACCCCCACCCCUGUCCCUGUUAUUCAAACCAUACCUGUCUGACACAGGUCAGGAACACAAUAGAAAGAAAGGUUGAAGUUGGUGAUCCCCCUUGUCCUGUCUUGAAGAGAGAACAGAGCCCCUCUCCACCCCCCCUUUCCCCUAUCCCCUCAGACAUCAGUAAGAAAACUGAUGAAAAACCACCCUCCCUCCUUCAUCACAGACAAGAGGAGGAAGAUGACCUACUGGUAAAAAAUGGCCUCCUUAAUGAAACCCACCAGGAAGCAGAUGAUAAAGCAACACAAGAGGCACUGAAGUGUAAGACCCCAAGAAGUAGUCAGGCUGAGCAGAACCCUGGGGGGACCUCACUCCAAGACGUUGUGAAUCGCUUCAGUGAGAAACUGGAGACAAUCAGACCUCUAGAGAAGGACCCACCUUUGGCCUCCACAGCCACUUAUGUGUCUGAAAAGGAGCAGCCACAAUCUCCCUCAACUAGUCAGAACCUGCAGUUUCAUGCAGAUGCCCAUCUGACUGAAAUCAUCACCACAGUGCUUCACACGGGCAGUGCUAGUGACUACAAUCUCAGUGAGCUGUUCAAUCGCCAUGAUAGCAAAGAGCCUAAGUCGCCUAAUACCCGUUCCCGUCGUCGCCAGGAAGUCCUUGCUGCUAUGGCAACACCCACUGAUGAUGCCUCAACCCGAAGGCAUACUUUACAAAUUAAGCGGGAGCUUGCCAUGUUCGACCAGUCCUACAGUCGGAGAAAGGUGCCACUAGCAAAGAGGGCAAGAUUGAAAGAUGGAAAUAGUGCUACUGUAACUACAUCAAACACUUCAUCAGACUCAAAUCUAGUUAAAGAGGAAUCUAAAAGAGAAAUGGAGUUAGGUUUAGAGAAUAAAAUAGUUGGGGAGGGACCACUGAAUAUGCUUUCUGCAGUAAGUGACAGGGAUGAAGUAAAAGAAGAGAUACAGACAGUUAUAGUUACAGAAGAAAUUCAGAUAAUUAAAGCAGAGGAGAAGGAAAGGGAAAUAUCCAAUGAGGAAAAAGAUCCAGCUCUCUCAGGCACUCAAAUACCUACCCCUGGGCUGCAGAGCAAGUAUCGCAACCAAAGUUCAAAGGGUGACAGUGUGCUGUCACAGGGGCUGACAGUGAGUACAACCUCAGCAACACAGUGUGGCAAACCCUGUAAAAAAGAUAUUAAGGGUAGCAAUGAUAGGAACCAUGAAUCUGCUCCAUCGGGUCAAAGCAGUAAAAGUGAUAACAGACCAGGUAAAAAUCGCCGUACUCCUAAUAGAGAGAGGCAGAAAUGUAAUUCAAACCACUCCAUGAAGGCAAGGACAUCCAGGAGAAAUAUAGUCCCCCCACAAAGAUUCUCCUCCUAUGUCACUGAGCCUAGGAAGAUGUUCUUUGUUGCAUGUUUCUCUGAAAGCAUCUUUAACCAGAGAACACGACAGGACAAAGACAAAGGACAAACAUCUAGCACCUUGGAUGCCUUAUCCAGAAAUUCAGAUACUAAAGACACCCAGCUUGAAUCAAGAUGUGAAGAACCUCUGUCCUCACCUGAGCCUACAGGGGAACUUGCCUUUGAAUCAACACAGAGAGAAAAAUGUGGGGCAUUGGAGUCAAAAGAUCAAAGCCAGGUUUUUCCACGAACUGCAGCGGCCAAAGAGAAGAGUAAGAAAAACUGUUCUGACAAUAAGACUGAUGGCAGUGACUCUGCUGCCAAGCCUUUUGGAAGGCUACGAUCAUCUCCAAAAAGACUACAGCUCUCUACAGCUUCAAGAAAGCCCAAAACCCCAUCAAAUAUGGAUGUCACCAGUCAGUCUGCUACCAGUGUUGAGAGCCCUUUAACCUCCCCAAUCCAAUACACUAGUCCAAUUAAACUCAUGUUCGUAUCACCAGUAAAGGACAAGGAAGGUGUCAAAUAUAGUCUUAAAUCAGCAGGCUCUGGAUCUAGUGCACACGGAGAUGAAUCCUUUGACCCAUGUGAAGAGUCCUCAUGGUGUGGGACACCUGAAAAAAAGAAAAGCCAGAGCAAUGCUUCUCCACGUUCAAAAUCUGUUUCUUCACCACUAAAGUCUGCUACCUCACCUUCCAAAUCUGCUCGUUCACCAACAAAGUCUGCUUCCUCACCAGCAAAGUCUGCUUCUUCACCAUCCAAGUCUGCUUCUUCACCAGCUAAGUCUGCUUCCUCACCAGCAAAGUCUGCUUCUUCACCAUCCAAGUCUGCUUCUUCACCAGCUAAGUCUGCUUCCUCACCAGCAAAGUCUGCUUCUUCACCAUCCAAGUCUGCUUCUUCACCAGCUAAGUCUGCUUCCUCACCAGCAAAGUCUGCUUCUUCACCAGCCAAGUCUGCCUCUUCACCCAAGUCAGUUUCUUCAUCACCUAAAAUAGGUUCCAGGAGAUCAGGCGAAGGUACUCCAACUAAGCGUAUAGCUGGAACUGAGAACCAGAGAUCAUCAGGUGACUUACUAUCUUUCCAUGAAACCACUCCUCCAAAAAGGCGUCCAGGCCGGCCAAAGAAGCUGGGACCACAGCUGGAGCAAAAAGUGAAGAGGCCAAUUGGUCGACCACGUAAGGAGAAGGCUGUGGUACCAGAAGUGGGAGCAAAAACAGUAAAUGGGAAAUCUGAUUUAGCAUCUGACACUGACGAGAAUGUAAACAAGAACCUCAAAAUAACAGUAGUGUAUGGCCGUUCAAGGAGAAACAAACGAAUGGUGUCUGAGAGUUUUGACCAACUGCAAACAGAAUUCAAUGAUGCUUGGCAAGCAGUGGGUCUUAAAAGUGAUUUGGGCAUUUUAAUGCACAACUCUAAGAUCAGUCCUGGUAGUAUCAAAACAGCUUCAACGCAGUCAUCAGGAGAGUUAAGUUUUGUCGGCCCUGUUAAAGAGUCAGCCCCACAUUCUAGCAGUAACCUCAAAUGUCAGAAGAGGGAUGAUGGUAUACCCUCAAGGAAACCAGGUAGACCUGCAAAAGUUAAAAUCUCUGGAAUCUCAGUCACAGUAACUACAGUGUCACCCAAGCAACGUAAAAUUCAGAUAAAUAAGGAUACCAGACGAUCUCCUGAGACACUAAUUCAUAAGAAAACACUCCUGCCGGAAUUCCGAUCUGCCAAAGAGCCCUGGACAAUCAGUCGUCAGUCAACAAGCAAAAUAAGUCAAACAGUGGAAGGAAUAGAAAAAAAGGAUGAAAGUAAAGACAAACAGCAAAAUCAGCCUGUAGCAGUGCGUCACUCAAUGAGAGUGAGGAAGCCUUCAAUUUACUUUCUGCAUGCUGUUGCCACCUCCACCUCUCGAUCAUACAGCCACAGUAACGCUCUGCUGCGGCGCUCUAAACAACUUCUGCUAAACAAGGCCAGCAAUGAAAGGAAACAAGGGGAGCAACAGGGUAGUGUAGAAACUUCAGGGGAGAAAAGACAACACUGUGGACGAGAGAAGAAGAACAUUUCACAGGACCUGAAUAGAGUGGCAGGGGUGUCUGUAGACUCGAUCUAUACUCCACAAGAGACACUAAGGUGGUGGGCAGCAUCAGCUGAGGAAAAGAGCAUGAAUCAGGAGCUUGCCAGACGAAUACGACUCAUCUCCGACACCUGGGUGUCAGACACUGCAGAGAACCAAGAAGAAAUAGGCCUUAAUUCUAAAUUGGGAACUGAUGGCAACAGUUCAUUUACCAGGAAGUCAAAACAUUCAUCUGUGGUUCGAUCACUGUUUGACUGUUCUCCUAACAAACCAAGGUCCUGUAGCAUGCAGCAGCUGUGCUCCUGGUUUAUGCAGACCACUGAGACACAGUCCUUAGGUAUUGUUAAGAAGACAAGCUCCCGUAAUCCUUAUGAACUUAUGCACUUCCCUCGUUCAGCCAACAUAAAAAGUGUUUGUCAUAGUCCUCAGGCUGAGCGACUCCGAAAACACAUCAAGAAGUUUGCCAAAACUGUGCCAAAAAGUCCUUUCCAACACGAACAGGCUCAAAAAAGGUUGAGGAAGAGGUAUAAGACACCUCCAUCAGCACAUAAUAUUCGGCGACAGCUUUUCACAUCCAGGUUUCCAAAACACAGGACCAAUCAGGAAGCCCAAUGGUUUAAAGGCAGAGCAUUCGGAAAAUAUCAGGCCGUGCUAUUCAGGGCAAGAACAAGGUUCCUAACUCGGAAAGAAAGGGAGAGGUGGCACAUGAGGCAGAAGAAUAACAAAAAUAUAAAACUAACUACAAGAAGUUCACAUGGACACCUAGUAACUGGACUCAAACUAAAACAUAAAGUAUUACGCAAAAAAUCAGCAAAAGACCAGUUAUCCAACUGUUUGGAGAACAGUUCUGCCACCGGUUCUGUCAACCAAACUAAGGAACCUGUGGAUGUACCCAAAGAGCAGAACCUCUGCUCUAAAGCCUGGAGUCCUGAGACACUGAAGGAGUGCCGGGUGUUUCUGAGAAAGAUCAACUCUCCAGACAACGAAUCAGCUGAGGAGGAGUGGGACUCCUGUACUGUGACACUGGAUGAUGGGUCACCUUCUGCAUACGUGUUUGCAGGAAGGGAGAGGGAACUGGUAGGAGUUGUUAAAACUGUGAAAGAAAACAGAAAAAGGAGCAUGUCUAGGAGGACUGCCUCUAGAGAGCGGGAAGGAUCUGCACCUAAAUCAGUCAAGGAGCAGAAUGAGAUGCCAGGGGGGAGGCAGAAAGGCAAAUAUGAAAGUCCUGGGGUUGUGUCUACUGAACCACCACAACCUCAACCAGCGAAAAUGUUGAGACAAUCGCGAAUGAGGGGCCUAACCGGGCCGAGAUGGUGCGACUUUGUGUUUGAGAACUAAAUGAAGCAUGAGGCCUCCUCCUUCCUGGGAAAGGGACUGUGGUUUAACGUGGUGCCUUUGGACAUUGAGCUGACCACGUGGACUGACCAUCCCACUAUGGUUCAGUCUUACCCUCAGCAAUUAUGUAGCAGUCUAACUUAACAAAAGCUUGAUGUUGCACUAUUUUUAUCCAUGGAUAUGUAUGUACAGAAUGUUUGAAUGUUUUUUUUUAUGUCAAUGCCUUUUACUUUCUGAACAUGUAUAGUAGAUCAACUCAUUACAUCAGCCAGAGUUUUAAUGGGAUAUGUGCUCCUACAGCGAGCCCUGUAAAAGUGGCUGUAUUGGAAGGAAACAAAGCUUGACUGCAUUAAGACAGUGCUAUCUACCCCCAAACAUACCUCAUUAUCAACCAACUUUUUAAAAUCUUAACAUGAGACCAGUAACAAUUUAAUCUUUAACAUAAUACUUUUAGUCAUUGUCUCUAAAAUGACAUGCUCUAAAAUGAAAAAAAGAGAAAUUAUAGUCACCAACUUUGGCAAUGGUUUAAUAAAAACUUAUAAUUGAAUAAUUUGUUUUUUGUGCAUUAGGUUUGAAUUUUAAUGACCAACAUUCUCUGAAUCCAGGCCUUGUUUGCAUUAUUUAAUCAUUGACGCUACAGUCACUAUCCCAAGUCAUUAGCCAAAAACAUCCUUUGAAUGAAGGAUUGUUAUGGAUCAGCCACACCUUUACCCUAAUUACGAUCAUUGUAUGGGCCCCUACUGUAAUGUAUUGUGUUGGACUAUUUGGCCAUCAGCCUGUACUGAAACCAAAUAUUUUAUGUCAUUAUUUCUCUCCAGAGUACUUAUCAAACAUUUGCCGGUCCCAGCAAUGAACCACAAUUAGCACAAACAUACAUGUUCUUAAUGACUACAUAUUUUGCCCCUCGAAAUGUGGAGGUUUAUGUGAAGCAAUGAAGGAAAUGGCAUUAUGCAGAUGUAGAAAGUAGAUUCCGAUUGAUUUUGUUGGUUUGUGGGAUCCAUGUUGUUUUGAUUCAGUUACUUUUUAUGCGAUUGUUGUCUCGUUUUCACCCAAAGCGUAUACUGCAUGUUGGUGUCAGAUCUACUUCUUGCACUAUUCCAUCUGAGAUUAUUAAUCCCACUACACAGAUUCCUCCCCCAUAUUUUUGCACAUCCCAUGACCCACUACCAACCCCUACUGUAAAACUAGAGAAUCUAUUUGGUGCAAUACAAACCCAGAUGUUUUAUCAGUAUGUCGUAAUUAUUGUAUUGCUGACAGACGAAUGGAUGUACACAAGUACCAAUGGCUUGGGAUGUCACUUCAGUCGUUUCCAUCGCCAUGUAAUGUGAUCUCAAAGGAUAUUGCUAUACAAACUGCCCCACCCCCACCUGCUUUGUCCCCCUCAGUGAAGCAGAACAUUAACAGAUCUUUAAUUGUUAUUAUAGCAGAAAAUUGUUUUUAUCAUAAAUGUACUAGCAUUAUUUACUGUUUGUAUGCAGGUGGGAGAUGUGUUGCUGUUUAGAGUUCCCUUUUUUCUCAAGUUGCAGCAAGAGACGCCUACCUCCACUUGGGCUCGGCACGGCCUACUGCUCUUUUGCUUAUCAACCGCGUGAUAGAUUAGGCCAGAGAGUUGAUCGGUAAACACUAAUCUUGGAUCAAUAUCGUGUUCCCUCGCUUUCUGUUUCGAGGGCAGGUUGAUCCGAGAUGUCUGGCUGUAGGUCAAAACUUAAACCCAUAGUGUGUAUUGUGUGCCUGACUGCUCCUGUAUGUAUGUAUGUAUGUCACUACGGUUGCCAUUUCAACACGAGGGAGGUGAGGUGGCCCAGUCUUGUGACAAAUAAUCCUCUGUUGAAGAACCUGGUGCUAAACAUCUGUUGUAUAUUUUCUUUAUCAUGUGUUUUUAUACUGUCCUUCACAGAUGCAAUAAAGAGGUGUCUGUGAUUGGAACAAUAAAGAUCCUUUUAAAAUA